AUGCGAUCUUUAAUUGAUAGAUGGUGUCAAUCAACAAAAUAUGUUGCUGAAAUACAUAAACAGGAUUUGUUAUUUUAUCACAUUAUAGAUAAAAUUGAAUCAUCAGCAACUGCUCCACAAUCUGUUUUUAAAGAUAGGUGGACUGAUUUGAUUAAUGUUAUGGAAGACAUUUUUACACCUAGUAAUAUUGAUCCCAAUGAGAAACAAGAUGUGAAGAUUUAUAUAAAAGAACUUAUGAAAAAAGUGAAUUAUUUCUUAGCUGAUUGUUCUGCCAAUCUUAAAUUGUUUGACAAUGGAAGGUAUAAAUUUACUCCUAGUGAAAACAUGAAUGCUGAUGAUAAUUGGAGUUACAUGAUCCUUUCUUGGAAUUAUAUUCCUGGACAUGAUUUCAAUUAUAUUUCUUUUGAAUUAGAUGAUAUCAAAAAGAAAUAUCCAGAUCAGGCUAACCUUCAAAAAUACAUAGAUUAUCUCCAAGACCUUGAACUUGUUCAAGGAAACAAGAGUAAUUAUUUUUAUAUUAAAUGGACCAGAAGAGAGUACUUAAUUCGUGAUGGGACAAAUUAUUUAGAUAUUCCUAAUCGUCAUAUUCCACUUUGUAUUGGAGAACCAAUGGCUUUAUCAUCUAUGACAGGACUCAAAGAGUUAUCCAACCAUAUGGGAGUCGUCAUGGAAAUGGAUUGUAUAACUUUAUUAAUUGAUGAUCCGCAAAUAAAUGAGUGUGUCGUACAAAAUAAAAAAUGA